AUGGCUGAAUAUGAUCCCAAUUGUAUAUCAAAAAAAGAAAACCAAAAAUUGCCACAUCGCUUGGAUAGACAUGAAGGAGCAAAGAAAUUAGCAAGUUUAUACAGCACAGGUAAAAGAGUACAGGAAGUGAUUUGUGUCUAUAGCUGUAUUUUUCUGAUGCUCAUUAAUUUCUUUAUGAUACUUAAACAUUUGAGAAUAGACCGCAUUAGUGAAGUGAUAUUUUCAGCUAUUUGCGGCAUAGUCACAGCUGAUUUCAGCAGUGGAAUUGUUCAUUGGGCUGGUGACUCAUGGGGAUCAGUGGAACUGCCAUUUAUCGGUAAAAACUUUAUCCGUCCAUUCCGGGAACAUCAUAUUGAUGCGACAAGUAUUACGAGACAUGACUGGAUUCAAACAAAUGGAGGAAACUUUAUGAUUGGCAUCCCCAUCUUGCUUAAAUUAACAUUCAUCUUCUACAACUCAUCAAGCACUGAAAUUCAGGCUGAAUAUCCAUUCUGUGCAUAUCUCUUUCUAUGUUCAAUCUUCGUGGCUAUAACUAAUCAAAUCCACAAGUGGAGUCACACAUAUUUCGGUUUACCGGUGUGGGUACAAAUUCUACAAAAUUAUCACAUCAUUCUGCCUCGAAAGCAUCAUCGUAUUCAUCACGUAGCACCACAUGUAUCAUACUUUUGUAUCACGACAGGCUGGCUUAACUGGCCAUUAGAAAAAAUCAAAUUUUGGUCAACACUAGAAUCAAUUGUGACUUAUUUCACUGGAUGUAAACCACGUGAAGAUGAUUUAAAAUGGGCAAAAACAUCUUAA